CCAGCGCCACAAUCCCGAGACAGUGCUGUGGACUUGAGCGCACACAAAUUUGACUCCGAUUUACCUUCAACUCUAUUUGUACACGUAUUAGACACAGGGAUAUUGAUAAAUAAUCACUUAUUCAUUUUCGGAAUUGAUGGAAGCUAAUAGACAUGUGCUGUAUAAUUGUAAAAGUUUGUCAUCUUAAAACUUUCCAGAAAAGACGACCCGUUUCUGCCCAGUGUACGAGACUUUGACUUAAUUUAUAGCCGCAUUAUAACUGUAGAUAGUCAGAUAAACAAAUAAGAAUACCUUAAUUCAUUAUUUUAUUUUAGAAAUAGCAACAAAUGAAUAAAAUGUGGCUAUAUUUGGUCAUUUCGACCUGCCUCUUCGCGGACACUCUUUCUCACUCAUUUAAGACGGAGGAGAUUAUACCUGUGCGGUUGACGGGACGACCCGGUGGACGAGUGGCAAAGAGGAGCGAAGAACAGCCGAGCUUCAGGCUCACGGCUUUCGGCAAGAAUUUCACGCUUAAUUUGACACCGGACAGCACGUUUAUAUCUCCAACACUCAAGGUUUAUCGUAUCAAAGCCAAACACUUCGCUACAGAGUCCUCGAAUCAGACCGAAGAAGAGGAUGGGGCGGAAUUACUGAAAGGCUGUUUUUACACCGGGGCUGUUGACUCCAAAGAGGACUCUAUCGUCUCUGUCAGCUUAUGUCGUGGGAUUUUAGGGUCAUUUAUUACAGAUGGUAAAGAAUAUAUGAUCGAACCGAAACUUUUCAGCUCGGAGAAACACGGAACAUUCACCGAACAGUUGCAUAUCAUUAAAAGAAGACAUUUUACAAAGUCCCGCCGGGUCUCCGAACCGCCGUCUGAUCUCAGAGAAGAUGCAAAUGAUCACGAUUUGAUGAGGCAGAUGUCUCCCAGGCGUAGACGGUUUGUCUCGACAUCCAGGUUUAUUGAGACUUUAGUGGUCGCUGACGCUUCCCUGACACAUUUUUAUGGAGAUGAGAUCAAGCACUACAUUCUGACCUUGAUGUCAGUGGCUGCUCAGAUUUACAAACACCCCAGCAUUAAGAACUCCAUCAGCAUAGUGCUUGUGAAGAUGCUGAUCGUGGAGAAUGAGGAGGUUGGACCAUCCAUCUCCAGCAAUGGAGGUGUUGCGCUGCGCAACUUCUGUGCCUGGCAGCAGCUCUUCAACCCACUCAACCACAGGCAUCCUGAGCACUAUGAUACUGCAAUCCUUUUUACUAGAGAGGACCUCUGUGGACAUCAGAGCUGUGACACGUUGGGUGUAGCUGAUGUUGGGACCAUGUGUGAUACUAAAAGGAGCUGUUCUGUUAUUGAAGACAAUGGUCUUCAGGCUGCUUUCACAACCGCCCAUGAACUAGGCCAUGUUCUGAGUAUGCCCCAUGAUGACACUAAGAACUGUGAGCAGCUUUUUGGACAUCUAGGAGAGGACCAUAUCAUGGCCCCUGUAUUCAAUCAGUUCAACAAGACUUCUCCUUGGUCUCCAUGCAGUGCUUUAUAUGUCACAGAGUUUUUCAACAAUGGACAUGGAGACUGCUUACUGGACACCCCUGAGAAGAUUGUGGCCUUGCCCACUGAGCUGCCAGGCAUAACUUAUAGCCUGGACCGCCAGUGCCAACAGAUAUUUGGAGAGGAGUAUUCACAUUGUCCCAACACUACAGCCAGUGAAGUGUGCAGACAGCUUUGGUGCCAGGAGGAAGGCCAGUCCAUGUGUACAACUAGGAAUGGGAGUCUGCCUUGGGCAGAUGGCACAAGCUGUGCUCCUAACAUGGCCUGUCUGGACGGUGUAUGCAUGUCCUCUGAAGAAGUAAUUAAACCUAAGUUGGCUGUGGAUGGAGGCUGGGGAGAGUGGGGACCAUGGCAACCGUGUUCCAGAUCAUGCGGAGGGGGAGUGAUGUUCUCCUACAGAGAGUGCACUCAGCCAUCACCUCAGAAUGGUGGAAAAUACUGUCUGGGCCAGAGAGUGAAGUACCAGUCCUGCAACAAACAUGCCUGUGAGAACAACCAAGGAAAAACAUUUAGAGAGGAACAAUGUGAGAAGCACAACAAUCCCAAUCACUUUGAUGUUCAUGGAAACAUGAAGCAAUGGAUACCAAAAUAUGCUGGAGUAUCAAUGCGGGACAGGUGUAAACUCUUUUGCAGAGCAAGAGGCAGCAGUGAAUUCAGAGUUUUUGAAGCUAAAGUAAUUGAUGGAACCCCAUGUGGACCAGAUACCACAUCAUUCUGUGUGCAAGGCCAGUGUAUCAAAGCUGGUUGUGACCUGGAGAUCGAUUCAAGUAAAAAGUUGGACAAAUGUGGCUUGUGUGGAGGGAAUGGCUUGAGCUGCAGGAUGAUAUCAGGCUCAUUCAACAAAGUCGUCCAAGGAUAUAGGGAUAUUGUGACGAUUCCAAGUGGAGCCACCAAUAUUAACAUCAAACAGCAGAGUCAUGGAAGUAUACCACAUGAUGGGCAUUACUUGGCUGUCCAAAGAGAAAAUGGUGACUAUAUCUUAAAUGGCAACUUUUCAGUAUCCACAGUGGAGCAGUAUAUUCCAGUGCAUGGGGCUGUGCUUAAGUACAGUGGCUCGUCCACCACACUAGAGCGAAUCCAGAGCUUUCGCCAUCUCCAAGAACCAAUCACCAUACAGCUGCUUUCCACUGCUGGAGAAACCCUCCCACCAAAGGUCAAAUACACAUUCUACAUCCCCAAAACCAUGUCAUUCAGCAAACCCAAAGACAAAAUGAUUUAUGGUAAAUUGAUUCAUCCGUUUGGGGUGCCAGGGUGGGUCACUGGAGAGUGGUCUGAAUGCUCAAAAACCUGUGGAUCAGGAUGGUCCAGAAGAAACGUUGAAUGCAAAGAUAAUGCUGGCUUUUAUUCAAACCACUGCAAUAAAGAUCUCAGACCUUCUGAUAUCAGGGCCUGUGCAGACCUGCCAUGUCCCAUAUGGCAAUCAGGACAUUGGUCUUCAUGCUCACAAACUUGUGGCCAUGGGGAACGCCACCGCAGGAUUUUCUGCAUUGAUUAUUCUGGGAAGGCUGUGAAACCAGAAAAUUGCGAUCCUGCAAAAAAGCCAGAACCAUUACCUGAAAAGUGUUUCUACCAAGAGUGUUGAAGAACAUCAUGUGUAUACUUUCAGGGAGAAUUUACAGAUUAUUCAGAUAAUUUUGACAAUGCUUCAGGUUGGAGUAGGAUAAUAUUCACAGUAGCUUCAAAAGGAAAAAAUGGUUGAGCUGUACUGAGAGAAAUUGGUCAUGAAUUAUUUAUGAACUGAUCACUUUUUUUCCUAAACGUGUGUAUUUAUAACCACUAUUGAAGGUUUUCCAAUGGAGAUCUACCUCAGCAAGAAAUAUUUUAUUGCCAUUUCCCUAGUUUCCUGUCUCCUACUAAUCAUGUUUUUUUUAAUUAUUUUCUGAAUGUGCAGCUUCAUUCCAAAUAAUUUAUUUCUACUAUGUUUAAUAAUUAAUGUUUACGGUCAAUUCACAAUACUCAUAUUAGCUAAAUCGUUAACAUUCCUCUCUGGUGGAUGAGGACAGAAUUUGUUUAGUUUCAAAUGCCUAGAUUUGAAGAAGAUUUGUGCAUUUAAAUGUACAGACAAAUAAUGUAAUGUAAUGACCAUCUAAAAAAAACAAAAGGAAUUAAUUUCAACCUGGAUUAGCAAAAUUGCAGAACUUCUGCAUCUUAUUAAGAGCUAUCACUCAUAAAAUAAAAAUAAAUAAAAAAAACAACAAAAAAAACCCCAGAGAAAUCAGAGAAAUUAAUAUUGAGAAACUAGGAAACUUUCGAGGUGCUACUUGCUUCUUUAAUGUAGUUAUUUAUGAUUGGGCCAGUAAUUUUGUAGCGCAUGACACAGCAGUGGUGCAUAUUAAAUAGCUUCUUGUUCUGUUUUUAGAUUCACAACUCAAUGGUUUUCAACCUGUGAGUAAGCUACUUGGCAUUGGGAUGAAUUGCACCCAGCAACGACAGGUACCUUAUUCACAGGUUGAAAACCAUUGAGUUGACUCUUUGAGUCUUUUGAAUCAAUUAAAAAACUAGAUUAGUUCAGUCACCAUUACAGCAGAGUACAUUUUUCACCAGUGUAUAGUGACAAAUUAUCGUCUUAUGUGUUAUGAACAGUGAAGCAUUGAAUCAUUGACUUCCGUUCAAAAACUUUUAGAGAAGAUUCGUUCAAAAACACACUCAUUAAAAAAACAAAACAAUUGAAGUGUUUUAGGCAUACACCUAAGUAAAGUAAGAAAAGAGCAAGACUGGAAAAAACAAAGAAUGUAUAAUUAACAGUAGGUUAGAUAAAACUCGUUUUCAUGUGCAUUGUGCUAAAAACAUACACAGUGUGCUAUGUGUCCCGAGGUGCUUGCAAAUAUCUGUCAAAUUAAUUAUACACUUAAAAACAGAGCUCAAAGAUAAGCAGGUUUUUAUUUAUCCGACUGCUGUAAAAAAGUUGACAAACCAAAAACGAACAAUGACCAGCCAAAGCACAUUGCAAAGCCACAUUUUCCAUACCUGCAUCCAAAGCAAGGACCACUCAUGUUAGUUUAUAGACAGUGGAGGAUGUUUUACAACUGUGUCGUACUGACCCACGUACUUGUUCACCUUGGCUUGCUUUUUUCAGGCACUUAUUUUUCUCACAACCUUUACAUUUAUGCAUUUGGCAGACGCUUUUAUCCAAAGCGACUUACAGAGCAGUUAUUACAGGGACAAUCCCCCUGGAGCAACCUGGAGUUAAGUGCCUUGCUCAAGGACACAAUGAUGGUGGCUGUGGGGAUCGAACUGACAACCUUCUGCUUAACAGUUUAGUGCUUUAGCCCACUACGCCACCACCACUCCCAAACAUCAAGAAUAUGUAAUAAAGCAUUGUCAUAUAAAUAGAUUAAACCUUUCUUUUUUAAUACACAUUGAAAUCUGUGUAAGAGGUAAACAGUGGUUGAGUCUGCUAAUUUACAAAACAUUGAUAAGUUAAAUUCCUGUAGGUGUUUUACAUAAGGACCUUAUAUGUCAGGAAUGUUUAAGUUGUUUGUGCCCAUUCAGAGGGUUUUAUGCAAUGUGCUAGUUACUAUGGCUGUUCUUUAUAAACACUGUUUACUUCAAAUAUGCACAAAGCAAAUAGAUGUGGAAUGCUCUAAAAAUGAAAUCAAGGAAUUUCUCUGUAAACAAUCAACUGAGACCUUGCAGGGUUUUCCUGCUCUUUUCUCUGCUUCAUAGAUGUAGCUUGUCUAAUAAUGUUAGAGCUGAUUUGUCUGCUGAGGUUUUGAUAUAGCAGUGUAAAUGUAAUUAUGUUAUUGAGCAAAACCAGUACAGCGUGAAACCAGGUUGAUCGAUCGUCACAGAUAAUGCUUCAAAAAUGCUCCAGCAACUGUUACAAUUAUUGUAUAUGAAUAAUAAUAUGGUAUUGAUCAUUCCAGUUGUGUACAUUUCACAUAUUAGUCAUAUUACAAAUUCAGCUAAAUGUAUUAUCCCUUCAGUGAAGGACAGUGCAUAGUUACUAUAUAACAUCAUUGUAAAGCUAUUUAUUUUUGUAAAGUUUUUGUUGUCUAAAAUAGAAACAAACUAAACAAAGUUUUGAGAUGCUGCUUUCUUUUCAUUUUAUAAGUCAAUGAAAUGUCUGAAAAUAAAAAUUAACAAAUAU